AUGUCUGGAAUCAACCGAAAACGCCUCGCAUGUCUCGAAUGCACUCGUCGCAAAGUCAAAUGCGACAAGAUUCUACCAUGUCGCAACUGCACCAGGAAAAGGGCGAUCUGUACUCGGCCGCGCGAGCGGAACUCCACGAGUCCCAGCAUUGCUCAGACUCUAUCCGAAGAACGCUCGGAACGACCUGUCACAGUGCGGCCGAGCACUGAUGCAUCAAAUUCAAACCCGAAAAUCAUCGAGAGGCUUCAAGCUAGAAUCAUAGAACUGGAAAAUACACUAAAUGAUGUCAAUGAAGCUCGGGUACGCUCGAACAUGGCUAGACCGGAGCCUUCCAUCAAUCCAACUUCGUUUUCUCCUACCCAGUCAGCGUCGGCACAACAAUCUCCUUUCUCUGUUCGUACCUCUAUAAAUGCGGAUGGGGAUGUGAAUAAUAUACCUAGAGAAGUGGAAGAUGCGGCGACUAUCCUGGAGUUUCUUGCAUGGGGGCGUCGCAAAGAUCCCACCUACCAAGAUGAGAUUGCGAGACAAAGUAAUCUGGAUCAUUCACCCGGGGACAUACCAGUUGAAGAUGAGUGGGAGGAUACCUGUAAACCAGGACUCUCAGCUACAGCUCUCUGUCAGGCUUUUCUGCCAAGCAGAGCGAAGGUCUACCAGUUAGUGCAGUAUCAUUGUGACUGUUUACUUUGGUAUCACGGGUCAUUUCAUACGAAGACGUUUCUAGCUGAGCUGGACACAUUCUAUGAGAAAGAUGGAGGUCGUAUAGAAGGAUCUAGUAUCCGAUUACAAUGGAUCUCCCUUCUGUUCGCGAUCCUCACCGGCUCCAUGGCCUGUGCUCCAAGAUCCGUCGCUCAAUCUUGGGGAUUUCGCGACCGAGAGAAAGAUACUUUGUCCAAGCGUUGGUUGAAGACCACUAUCGCUUGCUUACAUCAAGCUGACUAUAUGGCCUGUCAUUCUAUCUACUCUGUUGAAGCCAUCACAACAUUAACGAUUUCCGCUCAUAUGCUCGGUCAUUCGAAUGGAUUUUCUGUCCUGCUAGCCUCUGCAGUUCGGAUCGCGCAAGGUCUCGGACUUCACCAGCUAGAAGAAGAAAGUCGAAACCCGGCGCCUGGCCUUAUAGCGCGAGAGAUCGGUCGGAGAGUCUGGUGCCAACUCUGUAUUCAAGACUGGUUCUCGAUUCCCUUCACUGAAAGCUACUUGAUCCACCGUCUAGGCUUCAGUUCUAUAAAGCCCCAACACUGUGACGAAGAAAUGGAUUCUCUUUCAGAAGAUGAGCCUUCUAUAACGAGCUAUUCACGCCUAUUUUAUAAUAUUGCGGCUCUCAUGCCGGGUCUGCAGGAUGAUUGCAUUUCAUGUAAUACCCUAUACACCAGGUACGAAGAGGUUCUCAGAUAUGAUCGCCGUCUACGCACUCUAGCCACGAAACACCUGCCACGCUAUCUACAAAACGUGCCUAUAGAUCCGUCUUGGCCAUGCUAUAUACCAUGGGCACGAAGAAGUCUGGCUAUCAGCUCAGCUCACAAGGUCAUCAUGAUUCAUAGAAAGUUCUUGAGUCUGAGCUUCACUAAUCCUCUGUUCGAGUUUACUCGGAAGACUUGCGUCGCUGCAUCCAGAACGAUUAUCAAAGAACAAAAGGAAGCAGCUCGAGAUGGGGGUCCUGUACUAUGGAUUCACCAAGCCUUCAGCGUAACAGCUAGCGUAAGUCACCAUCUCUCCCUCCACCUGGGAAUAAUGAUCUGCUAA